GUGUUGAGUGGUCAACCCAUAGGCGCCGCGGCCGCGAUCUUCUCGGGGCUGGCCACGUGCCCCGGCGAGAAGUCCAAGGCGCUGCCGAGGGGCGUGACCGAGUGGCUGCCGCCCACCAAUACUUCGCCCGCGCUCGAGCUCCCCGCGAGAGCCGAAGGCGGCGCGCCCGCGCCAGCCGACGGCGGCGCGGCCGAG